AUGUUCCGGCAGAGACGCUCCGGGCUCGUACGGCGACUUUGGAGAAGUCGUGCGCUCAACCAGAGCGAUGGAAGCGGCCGAGCUGAGGGAGGAUGUCCGUGUGGCUCCGGGCUGCGCAGAAAGGAAAGGGGGACGGUGACACGCGCCGGGGGGAACUCCGCAGGUGAGGCUGGGGAGAGGGAAGAAGGGGAGCAGGCUGACGACGACCGCACUGGAUAUCGCCGUGGACAGGAGGCAGACAGGACGGUGACGUGUUGUUUGUUUGGGGAAUGGGCUCUCACACCUCGGAGCCCACGCUUGCCCACACCAAAAGACAACAGGGGCCCUUGCGAGUGUGACCUCGGGAAUAUCGCUCACCCUUUUCUCAAAAAACUGUCGGAGCAAAAUCUAGAUGCGUUGCUGAAAGCUGUGGAGUCCAAAGGAGGUGCGCUGACCGAGUGCGUCAUGGUGCCAGCAACUGAGCUAAGGUUUGGGACUCAUCAUGUCUCGCCUCAGUUCCUCCUGGCUCGAAUAUACCGAUGGGGCGACCUGCCGCCCUCCGCCCCGCUCAAAGUGUUGCACCACUGCCAAAGUUUUGACCAGGGGGGCUGCGGGAAGGUGUGCUGCAACCCUUACCACUACAGCCGCUUGUGCGGGCCAGAGUCACCUCCUCCCCCAUACUCGGUGUCCCAUUCGGAUGAACACAAGCCACUGGACUCUACACUGUCUUACACUGAAACUCCGUCCCCACUCAUCACACCAACCGACAACACAGAGACCGGUAGUUCCAUCGGCUCCUCAACGUCCGGCGGACAUCGCUCCCACUGGUGCAGUGUUGCCUAUUGGGAACAGCGCACACGCGUCGGCCGCCUCUACCCAGCCUACGAACCCUCACUCAACAUCUUCUAUGACCUACCUCAGGGCACGGGCCUCUGCCUUAGCCAGCUCCAUGCCAACGCCAACCACCGUCACCGUGAGAACCCGGACGGCCACUGCGCAUCCCUGCUUCCGGACUACCCCAGCAGCCGCGGGGGGAACAACGGCAGCGUCCAACUGAUUCGCAGUAAAAUCGGCCACGGUAUUGUUUUGAGCCGUGAGCCGGACGGCGUGUGGGUGUACAAUCGCAGCCAGCACCCAGUGUUUGUCCACUCACCCACUCUGGACCUUCUUAGCGCUCGAGGGCUGAGCGUGAAGAGGGUGAUGCCAGGCUUCUCUCUCAAAAUGUUUGACUAUAAGAGCUCCAACUGGAUGGCUGAGCAUGGCGUGAAGCCUGAAAGCCAGGAGGGGCCUUGGGACCCCCACAGUGUUCGUAUUAGUUUUGCAAAAGGGUGGGGCCCUUGCUAUUCUAGACAGUUCAUCACUUCCUGUCCGUGCUGGCUGGAGGUGCUUCUUAACACCCAUAGAUAG